AUGCGGCUCCACGCGACGCGUUUGACGGGCACGCUUGCCUGCUUGCUCUGCAUCUGCGUCAUAAUUUCACCGGAAAGCUUUCAGGCUAUAGGGAGUGAACAUGAUCCGGCCUCAACUUACCGUUAUUUGUACUCCUUGAAGCGACUGGGACUCGGGACCUCGCCCAGUGAUACCAAGUGCACGUACGACUCGUUGACACGGUACAGCUUCCUGCCUGAACGCGAGUCGCUGUGUCAUGACCUUACGUGCUUGACUUCGAGCCUCUAUUUUCGAAUUUUCAAAGUCGAUCUUUCCAAGGCGUGUCCUUUUUGGGGCGGCACAGCUGCAACGUGCACCAAACCGGACUGUUCGGUUCUAGUCUGUGAUCCGGAGCUGAUCCCAGCCGUCUGGCGCCGCGACGAGUCUCAGGUACUCCAAACAGAGCAAACGAGAACCUUCCCCGUCGCUGACUACCCGCGUGGGGAGCAGGAAGCAACCUUAGGGCGUGUAGAGCGCCCGAGGGGAUCACAGGCGUUGCCGCCUUUUUUCUCGCCCUAUGCACUGGAGGACGAGUCCGCGUGGACAGCGCCCGAUAGCGAUGAGCUCUCCGAAUACGUAGACCUGGCGCUGAAUCCUGAAGGCUUCACAGGAUACCAGGGCCAGCACAUAUGGGAUGCGGUUUACCGAGAGAACUGUUUUCGGCCGCUUCCAUGCCUGAGCGGUGACGCAGCCGGCAGCGUCGCCGAACAACUGCUUCGCCAAGGCUCGGUUUCUACUCUGGCUCCAGUGCGUCCUGCCGGGUGCCGAGAAGAACGCGUGUUUUACCGCUGUAUCAGCGGUAUCCACGCCUCGAUUAAUGCCCACAUUGCCCGUCGCUACCUGUUCGGACGGAAUCGCUGGGGCUACAACACACGCCUGUAUCGGGAGCGGCUGCGCUACUAUCCGGAACGCAUUGAGAACCUGUACUUUGUGUAUGCGCUGGCUCUGCGGGCAAUGAAUCAAGCCGCACCGCUGCUCUUGCAGCGUUCAGAUUACUGGACAGGCAAUGAAACCGAGGACAUGCAAACCAAGGAGCUUUUGGAACGAGUUCUGGAGAAUCCACUCAUUCGUGGCACGGUUCCCGAUUGCGCCGUGCCUUUUGCCGAAAACGAGAUGUUUCGCGGCUGUUGUGCAGACUGCCUCGUACAGUUCCGCGCUCACUUUCGGAACAUCAGCAAGAUCAUGGACUGCGUCGGCUGUGAAAAAUGUCGUCUCUGGGGGAAGCUUCAGUUCCUCGGACUCGGAACGGCCUUCAAGAUUCUCUUCGCUGAGUCCUUAUCCAGUGUGUCGACUCGUCGCUUGGAGAUGCGCAUCACGCGUAACGAAGUAGUAGCCUUGGUUAAUUUGCUGAAAAAUCUCUGUCUUUCCAUCCGAAGUAUCCAUGAAAUGGAGUGGAUGAUCGUCCAGGAGACCAAGAAACAACGCUUAUGGUUGUGCUUCGCUGCGGCGAUUCUCUGCGGACUGGGAUCCAUGUUGUUGCGUCACUUUGCUGGGGAGAUCCUUGCUUAUCGUGGACUGGUGCAUCGGAGUGCCAGCGCUAUGCGACGUAAACGAAACUGA